GAGGAAACUCAGCUGAGAGCGGCAGUACAGGUCUGACUCGCUCAGCAUGGCCUCAUUCAGCAAGAACGGCUGUCCCCAGACCAGAACUCUGCUCUUCUGCGGUUUGUCUUGUGAUGAAGUGACGACCAGCAGAGAAGCUUGAACACCAUCAGCCCAACCAGGUUGUGUAAUUUCCUAAAAAAAAAAAAAAAAAAAAAGAAUCCCAUGGAUGCUCAUAGACAGCCUAUCUCCAGGCAAGAUGCAGUCGUCAAAGACACUCCAAGUCCGCUGAGAGCCGACUUAGAGAAUUACUAUGAACCCGUUCCUGGAAAUAAUCACUACGAGCCCAACUUGGCUGGGAUCAUGCCUCAGCAACCACCUCUAGCUGAGCCUCCCGUGAAUCCCAACAACCAGAUCAAGAACGCUCCCCCACCACUCCCACCUAGAAAUAAGAUUCCGCCUCCUUUGCCCCCCCGGAAUCUACCUGCCGACCUUUUCCAAAAACAGAUUUCCUGGGAGGCUGACAAGUCAGAUCAUAAACUGGCACGGUCCAACACAGACAUACCCAUUCACGACCCGUGGGCCAUUAAACUGAUAGACUCUCCAGAAGGCAGCACAAAGAACCUGGCGGCGUUUACCGAUGCAACAUCAAAGCUGAUGUCACGAUACAAACACACCGACGGGGCUCACAAUGCGGGUGCGGUGUGGGGCCGACUGUUACACAUCCACCCUGCUCUGCUGCAGCAGGUGGGGAUAGACGUCACCGUCUCCACCGAGGAGGGCGAUCUCACCUUCCCCAUCCCCACCCAAGCGAGCAAAAAAGUGGAGGAUCUAAUUGCUGAAUUUUUCAACCUGGUUGACCGCGAGGCUGACUCAAGCAAGGAUUAUGUGUUGAAAUUCUGCGACUAUGAGGAGUACCUCAGGAACGAAGAACUUCUGGGCUUGCACGAGAGAGUUCAGAUGUACUACAAGUCAAAAACGGUGAUUCACCUCCGACUGGUCCGCACAAACAACGUGAAACGCCAACUUGCCAGAGAGGCUGUGGAUGAUCAAAGUCAGUGCAAGUUGUACCAGUUCCUGCGUCCUGUCAGCAUCCACUGCAUUGCCAAGGUGACCAUGGAGAAUGUGCUCAGUACCUACAACAGACACGUGGCAGAGCUCAUGAACACCCAGGCCUGUAAGAACAUCCCUUUGGUUGUGACCAAUGUUCGCAUCAUCAGUAAUCUUCUAGCUGGGCUCACAUGCCAGGAGUUAGAGGAUGCCGUCGGCGGGCUCAACAGGAUCACUCAUGUAACUUUGAACCAUGAAAAAAUAAUGGAGUGUGAAGCCGCCUUGAUCAUGCUCAACGGAGCGCUGCUGAAAGUGCUGCAAAUAUAUUUUGACAAUUUCCAGUCCGACUUCCGCUCGCACAGGCUCAUCGGCAGACCUCAGCCCUGCGACGUCGACGGCAACAAGGACAUCUUGCAGUUUAAGAUCGCAUCUAUCUACAAGCUAAACCCGAGCUGGAUGAAUUAUGAAAGCUUUUCCGUUUCCUGCGACUUGACGUACGGAGAAACCAGAAUCUGUGAGACCGGUGUUUCGGAAAAUAUCAGCACAGCCUUAUCACGUGGAAACAACAUCUGCUGUAACCGCCUGAUGGUGUUUCCUGUUCGAGUAAACGAGCUGCCGUAUGAGUCCAUGCUGACGUUGCGCCUCAAAGGCUCGAAGCGAGGGAAACUCCCAGAGCUCCUAAGCUGGGCCGUGCUGCCCCUGUACAGCAACAGGACCCUUUUAGGAGGGACCGUCCUGCUCAGCAUGUCCUCUCUUGCGGAGCUGCCUUUUCCUCCGUCCCCUGCCCUGUCCGACAGCCACAGGCAGCCCGAAGGAGUCAUACUGCAGCUUGAAUUUGAAGACCAAUUUGAGUGGGAAUACCGCCGACCCAUUGCUCUUCCUGGGUCAAUCACCUUCACCGAGCCUUGUGAUGAAGUGCAAAGGAAAAUGUUGGAGAUUUCCAAAAAGCAUUGCCUCUACUUCCUGACAGAAAAUGAGAAGGCUUUCCUGUGGAGCAAACACCACUGCAGUGACAAAAGAAACACCUUCCUCCACCUUCUGCUCAGUGGAGUCCCCCGGUGGCAGCCUGAAGACUUGACGGAAAUCUACACGGUGGUAGACAACUGGCCCAUUCACCUGCCAGAGGAGGCUCUUUACCUGCUUACUCCCAGUUUUCCAGAUGAAACCGUUCGAAAAGCCGCAGUCGACUACUUUGGACAGAUUUCAGAUGCAGAGUUCGAGUUGUUUCUGCCACAGCUGGUCCAGGCUCUGAAGAGCGAGUGGAAACUUGAUGGACCUCUGGUGAUGCUGCUGUUGGAGAGAUCCCUGAUGAACAUACGGAUUGCUCAUCAACUAUAUUGGCUGUUGGAGGAUACCCACAGCGACCGCUACUUCCGGGGCUGGUUCAGUAAAGUUCAGGCGGCCUUGUUGCACUGCUGUGGCCGAGCCCUGAGGAAGGAGCUGGGCCACGAACUUCAACUGGUGCAUGCGCUCGUUCAGACGGCCCAAAAAGUUUACUCUGCCGACAAGUCUCUACGGAAGAAUGUUUUGAACAGAGAAAAGGAAGCUAUCAAGGAGUUUUUCAGAGGUGGCAUGAGCUGCCGUCUACCUCUAGAUCCCGCUGUCAGCGUAAAAGCGGUCGACUUGGAUGCCUGUAAGAUCUACAGCGCCAACUCUACACCUCUGGGGGUCACGUUCAUCUGCGAUGACUCGCUGGCUAAGAACGUCAGUGUCAUUUGCAAGGUAGGGGACAACCUGCGUCAGGACAUGCUGGUUCUUCAGAUAGUCCGUGUGAUGGACUGGGUGUGGCUCCAGGAGGGCCUGGACCUGCAGAUGAUUACGUACCGCUGUCUCUCUACAGGCAGAGCUCAGGGGCUGGUGGAAGUUGUGCCGGAGGCCGUGACGCUGGGAAAGAUUCACCAGGAGUGGGGUGUGAGCGGGACAUUUCGAGGCGACACGUUGGAGAAAUGGUUCCACACGCUGAACAAAACUAAGGAGGGCUACGAAAAGGCGGUGACGAACUUCAUCCAGUCAUGCGCGGGGUGGUGUGUAGCCACCUUCAUCCUGGGGAUCUGCGACCGCCACAACGACAACAUCAUGCUGACGCACAGCGGACACAUGUUCCACAUCGACUUUGGCAAAAUCAUGGGAAACGCACAGAAAUUCAUAAACUUUAGAAGGGACAGAAAACCCUUCGUUUUCACCUCUGAGAUGCAGCACUUCAUCACAGGCGGCGGAGAGAAACCCCAGCGCUUGCAUCGCUUCGUGGAGCUCUGCUGUGAAGCUUAUAACGUCAUCAGAAGUCGGUCUGCACUGAUACUCAGCAUGUUGGAGCUGAUGCUUACUGCAGGAAUGCCGGAACUGAAGACCUUCGAUGACCUGCAGUUCGUCCAGAACAACCUCAGACCUCACGACACAGACCUGGAAGCCACUUCCUUCUUCACGAAAAAAAUCAAGGAGAGCAUGGACUGUGUGGCUGUCAAGUUUAACUUCUUCACCCACGCCAUGGCUCAGCCGAAGAAACAAGCGACAGCUCUCCAGGACAACAUUCCUGCUCCCAGCACCAACAUCCAGGAAGCUGUCAUCCAGGGCUUCUCUGUCAAGGGACGAGUUGUGACCUACAACCUAAGGAUAACCAUUGAUGAUGGCUUUCUGACGAGUCAGAUCACGUUUAGGCAGUUUGAACUGAUCCAUAAUCGGCUCCAGGCAUACUUUAUUGAAAAUAAGCUGCCGCAGUUCCCAAGCUGGUAUCAAAUGUCAUUUACCCCCCAGAGGAGGCAGGCUCUACUGAACACUUACCUAAAAGAGCUUUUUCAGGGGCCGUGCAAGGGAGAUGAAUAUGUGUGCAGCUUGUUUCUAGAUGGCCCCCAAGCCAACAAAAGUGUGACAACGGGAGGCGGUCCUCAGAUCCAGCUGCGUAUUACUUACACCAACUGCAAGCUCUCUGUGUUGGUGAAACACCUGGAGAACAUUAAGUUGCCAAAUGGCUCGAACCCUGAUGCCUACGUGGUCACCCGGCUGAGACCAGACCCCCAACAGACCUCCAAGAGGAAGACUAAGGUGGUCAACAACAAUGACCACCCUACUUUCAACGAGCUGCUGGAGUACAAUCCUGUCACGGUGCUGUAUGGGAUGGUGCUGGAGGUGACGGUGAAGAGCAGGACCAAGAAGACAUUUGUUGCUGCCACCACCAUUAAACUGGACGAGGACCUGCUGGACAAGGAGCUGUGGUUUCCCCUUAGGAACCACGUAAUAUGAUCCUGAGGACUGCACUGCGAGCCUGCUGCCAGCAGGGGGCGGCAACGCACUUACUGUAUUAUGUUUAAUUUAAUGUUUGUUUUUUGUUCUGUUAUUUUGUUGAGAAAGUCAGGCCAGUGUACACUGAGCGCAUGGCAUCAUUUAUACAUGGCUAUAAUAGCCAUUUGAACCUCUCUCCGGAGUUUAAAGCACUGACAGUGGCUGGGAUUUUUAGCUGAAGUUACAAAGUUUAAAAAAAAAAAAUACAUGUUUAUUGUCAAAUUAAGCAAAUUAUUAUUAUUUUAUUCAGGUCAGAUUAGUAUUAUAUGGAUGAUUUAUGAAGGAAUGUCUCGUCGCACCUUUGCUUUUAGUGUUCUGUGAGUGAAAAUGGUGUUUGAAUGUGCUGAUGUGACAGAUUAUGAAGGAAGGGAUGCUUGGAUCUGCCUGCCUCUUACCUGUACAGGCAUGCUUGUCCCUCCAGGCUGCAUGUCCUUAAGCACUUGAAUUGGAGGCGAGAGGCGAGCGGGUGAGGGAAAGGUGAGGAGACUGUGUGAGCAGGAUGAAAACCCAGCAUCUCGAGCCUGAGGGGCUGAAUUAACCCCCAUCCAUCCACAGUCUUAUCCAUCAGUAGCUCUCAGAUACGGCCGCGCACGUGCGUGAAAACGCAAAGGCAGACGAAACGCAAACACUACGAUCGAUGCGCACACUCACUCUCUCCAGGCCGAACUGGGUCUCCGCGUUAUCUUGAUGCUGUUCCUGUCCUGACAGGCCUGCUGACCCGUACUUUCCCCUUCACCUCAUUUAGAGGAUUCAGUGAUGAACGGAGAUGGGAAUAGACUUCCCUGCACUGGAUUCGGCUCAAUAAUGUAUACCUCUUUGGAGACUAUUUAUAACAGUCCCCGACGGGUUUUCUCAAAAGGUAACGGAAGCGGGAGCGAAUGCUGGUUGCCGUUUCCCUGAUGACUGGUCACGGAGCGUUAUUAAAAUCGGUGUCGCCCCUGUCAGACCUGAUAUGCGAAAACAACAAGCACAGACACAUUUGUUGGCAACCCUGGUAAAGAUGUGUUAAUAGCUCCAAAAUAAGGUCAUCUGUUGUCGCAGAAGCAUAAAUAAAUCUCAUACUGAAAGCAUUAAGGAUUAAGUCGACCUUUCAUUUUUGAUUACCCUUACCAAGUGGGGGGAAAAUAAAUGUUUUGAAA